CUACGCGCUGCUGGGCCGUGGGAAGAUGGCGGACGGAAAGGGAGACGCCGCCGCCGCCACCGGGGCCGGGGCAGAGGCUCCGGCCGGAGCCGGAGACGGAACCGAGACUGAGUCCAUAGCUCGGGGUCAUCGCCCCACAUCUCCGGCGCCGGGAGCUCCGGAACUGCGACCGUGUCUGUGGCAGCUGGAGACAGAGCUGAGGGAGCAGGAGGUGUCGGAGGUCUCAUCUUUGAACUACUGCCGAAGCUUCUGCCAGACCUUACUGCAGUAUGCCAGCAAUAAGAACGCAUCAGAACAUAUUGUGUAUCUUCUGGAGGUAUAUCGACUUGCCAUCCAAAGUUUUGCCAGUGCACGUCCAUACUUAACUACUGAAUGUGAAGAUGUCCUCUUGGUGCUUGGCAGAUUAGUACUGAGUUGUUUUGAAUUACUUCUUUCAGUGUCUGAAAAUGAACUGCCAUGUGAAGUCUGGGUACUCUUCCUUCAGUCCCUACAGGAGUCACAUGAUGCAUUAUUGGAAUUUGGAAAUAAUAACCUACAAAUAUUGGUUCAUGUUACCAAGGAAGGAGUGUGGAAAAAUCCAAUUCUUCUUAAAAUUCUGUCUCAACAGCCAGUAGAAACAGAAGAAGUCAAUAAAUUGAUUGCACAAGAAGGACCUUCCUUUCUGCAAAUGCGGAUAAAACAUUUGUUGAAAUCUAACUGCAUUCCCCAGGCUACUGCCUUAUCAAAACUAUGUGCAGAAUCUAAAGAAAUUUCAAAUGUGUCAUCUUUUCAGCAAGCCUAUAUUACAUGCUUAUGUUCCAUUCUCCCUAAUGAAGAUGCUAUUAAGGAGAUUGCAAAGGUCGACUGCAAGGAAGUUCUAGACAUCAUAUGUAAUCUGGAAUCCGAGGGUCAGGAUAACACAGCAUUUGUUCUUUGUACGACUUACCUUACCCAGCAGCUCCAAACUGCAAGUGUAUAUUGUUCUUGGGAAUUGACUCUAUUUUGGAGUAAACUGCAAAGAAGAAUCGACUCUUCUUUAGACACUUUUUUGGAGCGCUGUCGUCAGUUUGGUGUCAUUGCUAAAACACAGCAGCAUUUAUUUUGCCUAAUUAGAGUUAUACAAACUGAAGCACAAGAUGCUGGUCUUGGUGUGUCAAUUUUACUAUGUGUCAGAGCUCUUCAACUCAGAUCAAGUGAGGAUGAAGAAAUGAAAGCAUCAGUUUGUAAAACAAUUGCUUGUCUUUUACCAGAAGAUUUAGAAGUUAGACGAGCCUGUCAACUUACAGAAUUUUUGAUUGAACCCACUUUGGAUGGAUUUAAUAUGUUGGAAGAACUCUAUUUGCAACCAGAUCAAAAAUUUGAUGAAGAAAAUGCACCUGUCCCAAAUUCUCUCCGAUGUGAGCUCUUACUAGCUUUAAAAGCCCACUGGCCUUUUGAUCCUGAAUUUUGGGACUGGAAAACUUUAAAACGACAUUGCCACCAACUCCUAGGACAAGAAGCCUCAGAUUCUGAUGAUGACCUAAGUGGCUAUGAAAUGUCUAUUAAUGACACAGAUGUUUUAGAGUCAUUUCUCAGUGACUAUGAGGAAGGUAAAGAAGAUAAGCAAUACAGAAGAAGAGAUUUGACAGAUCAGCAUAAGGAGAAACGAGACAAAAAACCCAUUGGUUCUUCUGAAAGAUACCAGAGGUGGCUUCAGUAUAAAUUUUUCUGUUUGUUAUGUAAGCGGGAAUGUAUUGAGGCCAGGAUUCUUCAUCAUUCUAAGAUGCAUAUGGAAGAUGGAAUUUACACUUGUCCAGUUUGUAUUAAAAAAUUCAAGAGAAAAGAAAUAUUUGUUCCUCAUGUGAUGGAACAUGUUAAAAUGCCACCAAGCAGAAGGGACCGUUCUAGAAAGAAAUUACUGUUGAAAAGCUCUCAAAAGGGAAUUUGUCCCAAGAGCCCCUCUGCAACUCUGGAGCAAAAUCAGUCAUUGAAUGAACAAACCAAAGGAGAGUCUCAUGAAUAUGUCACAUUCAGCAAAUUAGAAGAUUGCCACCUACAAGACAGAGAUUUGUACCCAUGUCCUGGCACAGACUGUUCCCGUGUGUUUAAGCAAUUUAAAUACUUAAGUGUGCAUCUUAAAGCUGAACACCAAAAUAAUGAUGAAAAUGCCAAGCACUACUUGGAUAUGAAAAAUAGAAGAGAAAAGUGUACUUACUGUCGACGACAUUUCAUGUCUGCUUUCCAUCUGCGGGAGCACGAACAAGUGCAUUGCGGUCCUCAGCCUUAUAUGUGUGUAUCUAUAGAUUGCUAUGCUAGGUUUGGAUCAGUGAAUGAACUACUUAACCAUAAACAAAAACAUGAUGAUCUGCGUUAUAAAUGUGAGUUAAAUGGCUGCAAUAUUGUUUUCAGUGACUUGGGACAGCUCUAUCACCAUGAAGCACAACACUUUCGGGAUGCAUCUUAUACGUGCAACUUUGUUGGCUGUAAAAAGUUCUAUUAUUCCAAAAUCGAAUACCAGAAUCACCUCUCAAUGCAUAAUGUUGAAAGCUCAAAUGGAGAUGUGAAGAAAGUGAAGGUUGAGGAGCCUGCAGCAGGUGAAAAGCAAGAUUGUAUUGAUCGGUCCCAUCUACUUGAACAGACUGAUAAAUCACAUUUACCCGAGGAUCUUCUUUUCUGUGCAGGAUCCGCUAGUUCUCAAAUAGAAACUGCAGAAAAUCUGAAAGAAAACAGUGACAGUAAUUCUAGUGAUCAGUUAAGUCAUAGCUCUUCAGCUUCCAUGAAUGAAGAGUUAAUUGACACACUCGAUCACUCUGAAACCAUGCAGGAUAUAUUAUUAUCUCAUGAGAAAGUCUUUGUACCCUCUAGUUUAAAAGAAAAGUGUUCCAGUGUAGCAGUUUGUUUUGAUGGCACUAAGUUUACCUGUGGUUUUGAUGGCUGUGGUUCCACGUACAAAAACGCAAGAGGGAUGCAGAAGCAUCUACGGAAAGUUCAUCCAUACCAUUUCAAACCCAAAAAGGUAAAGACUAAAGAUCUCUUUCCCUGUUUGGGAAAUGAACAUAACCAAACAACUGAAAAGUUUGAUACAGAACCUAAACCCAGCUCAGAUACAAACAGUGACUCCCCGGAUGAAGGUCUUGAUCAUAAUAUUCAUACUAAAUGUAAACGAGAACAUCAAGGUUAUUCCUCAGAAGCCUCCAUUUGUGCUUCUAAAAGGCCAUGUACAGAGGAUACAAUGUUGGAACUUCUGUUACGCUUGAAACAUUUAAGCUUGAAAAACUCAAUAACACAUGGAUCUUUCUCAGGGUCAUUGCAGGGGUACCCAUCCAGUGGUGCUAAGUCUCUCCAGUCAUCUUCACCUACUAUCUCAGACCUUAAUUUUCAGAAUCAAGAUGAAAAUAUGCCAAGUCAGUACCUUGCACAGUUGGCAGCUAAGCCUUUUUUCUGUGAGCUUCAAGGAUGCAAAUAUGAAUUUGUGACCAGAGAGGCUUUGUUAAUGCAUUAUCUUAAAAAACAUAAUUAUUCAAAAGAAAAAGUCCUCCAAUUAACCAUGUUUCAGCAUCGAUAUUCCCCAUUCCAGUGUCACAUUUGCCAAAGGUCAUUUACAAGAAAAACACACCUUAGGAUUCAUUAUAAAAAUAAACAUCAAAUUGGCAGUGACAGAGUAACUCACAAACUAUUAGAUAGUGAAAAAUGUGAUCACGAAGGCCCAUGCUCAGUAGACAGGUUGAAAGAUGAUUGUUCUGCAGAACUUGGAGGUGAUCCCAGCAAUAACUCUGAAAAGCCACACUGUCAUUCUAAAAAGGAUGAAUGCAGUUCAGAAACAGAUUUGGAGUCCUCUUGCGAAGAAACUGAAAGUAAAACCUCUGAUAUUUCAUCACCAUUAGGUAGCCAUAGAGAAGAACAAGAAGGAAGAGAGGGGAGAGGGAGUAGGAGAACUGUUGCUAAAGGAAACCUGUGCUACAUUUUGAAUAAAUACCACAAACCAUUCCAUUGUAUCCAUAAAACUUGCAACUCCUCAUUCACCAAUCUAAAAGGCUUGAUUCGCCAUUACAGAACUGUACAUCAGUACAACAAAGAACAGUUAUGUUUAGAGAAGGACAAAGCAAGAACCAAAAGGGAACUUGUCAAAUGUAAAAAGAUAUUUGCUUGCAAAUAUAAGGAAUGUAACAAACGCUUCCUGUGUUCCAAAGCUCUUGCUAAGCACUGUAGUGACUCUCAUAACCUAGAUCAUAUUGAAGAGCCUAAAGUGCUUUCUGAAGCUGAAUCGGCAGCAAGGUUUUCCUGUAACCAGCCUCAGUGCCCUGCUGUAUUUUAUACAUUCAGCAAGUUGAAGCACCAUUUGAUGGAACAGCAUAAUAUUGAAGGAGAAAUACAGUCAGAUUAUGAAAUCCACUGCGAUCUCAAUGGCUGUGGCCAGAUUUUCACCCAUCGCAGUAAUUAUUCUCAACAUGUGUAUUACCGACAUAGGGACUAUUAUGAUGAUCUUUUUAGAAGCCAGAAAGUAGCAAAUGAAAGACUGCUAAGAAGUGAAAAGGUAUGUCAAGCAACUCAUACUCAGGGGCAUGAGCAUCAGGCUACCAGGAGACCCUUUAACUCUAAGGCUAAGAAAUGUGGCUUACUCAAAGAAAAGAAAGCUCCAAUUAGUUUUAAAACAAGAGCGGAAGCCCUGCAUAUGUGUGUGGAGCAGUCUGAGCAUACACAGUACCCCUGCAUGGUUCAAGGAUGCUUAUCUGUGGUGAAAUUGGAGAGCAGCAUAGUGAGGCAUUACAAACGCACGCAUCAGAUGAGCAGUGCCUAUUUAGAGCAACAGAUGGAAAAUCUUGUCGUCUGUGUUAAGUACGGUACCAAAAUUAAGGAGGAACCCCCAUCUGAAUCAGAGCCCUGUAUAAAGAAAGAAGAAGAUAGAAGCAGUGAAUCAGAGCACACAAAACACAGCCAUUCCCCUGGUGACAGUAGCAGACCUGUCCAGAACACUGACUGUCCUCAUCCAGGUGAAAGGGAUGGAGGUCAGAAAGUAUGUACAGAAAGCAGCUCAGUAUUUGACGCAGAUACUCUGCUUUACAGAGGAACUUUGAAAUGUAACCAUAGUUCAGAAACCACUUCUUUGGAACAAUGUAAUAUAGUUCAGCCUCCUCCUUGUAAAAUAGAAAAUUCCAUACCUAAUUCUGAUGGGACUGAAAGUGGGACUUACUUCACAAGUUUCCAGCUGCCUUUACCAAGGAUCAACUCAGAAACUGGGCAGCAAAGUUCAGGGCAAGAAAACACUGUUAAAAAUUCAACCCAUGUCCCAAAAGAGAACUUUAGGAAACAUUCACAGCCUAGGUCAUUUGACUUGAAGACUUAUAAACCUAUGGGAUUUGAAUCUUCAUUUCUGAAAUUUAUUCAAGAAAGUGAAGAGAAAGAAGAUGAUUUUGAUGAUUGGGAGCCUUCAGAGCACUUAACAUUAAGUAAUUCUUCACAACCCAGUAAUGACUUAACAGGGAGUGUUUUGGCAAAUAAUAUGGUAAAUGACAACAACCCUGAAGUUGACAUACCUCAUUCUUCUAGUGACUCUGCAAUUCAUGAGAACCUGACUGCAAUCCCACCUUUAAUAGUAGCUGAGACCACAACAGUUCCUUCCUUGGAAAAUCUAAGGGUUGUGUUGGAUAAAGCAUUAACAGACUGUGGAGAGCUUGCCUUAAAACAGCUUCAUUAUCUUCGGCCAGUGGUUGUCCUUGAAAGAUCUAAGUUUUCCACACCAAUAUUAGACUUGUUUCCAACAAAAAAGACAGAUGAGCUUUGUGUAGGGAGUUCCUAAGUAGCAAUUUUGUUUUAGAAACAGAUUGGCUCCAACACCGCAACAUGGGAACAAUUGCCAACUCGAACAAAGGCUGAGAACCAGCCACACCAUUGUUUAAGGUAGACUAGGCUGUGUAUUUACAUGAAUGUAUAAUAUCUAUGUCAGCAGUAUUGGCUGAGUCCAUUAGCUCUCCAGUUGGUUUAUUGAUUGGGUUUUUUUGUUUGUUUGUUUGUUUGUUUAUUAAAAAAAAAGAUGGAACUGUAUUCUUGUUUGGUGCUAAUUAAUACAUCAAAAUAUACUGGGGCUUCCUUUUUCAAAUUAAGUGUGCAUGAUUGUAUAUGGAACAAAUACUAAGAUCCCAGGGUGGGAGGGCUAGGGAAAGGGAUAUGGAGUUCUUACUUGACUUGAAUGUGCACCUGAGGGUGCUUUGUGUAAUAUAUUGUACACUACAGCAUCUUAUAUUUUUUGAGUUGAGUUUCAAUAAAUUACAAUUUUUCACCCAUUUCUUGUUUACUCAUAGUGAGUUUUCAUGCCACGUAUAAACUAGACUCUUGUACAUUCUAGAACGUGCAUGUAUAUUUACCCCAUUGGUUUUGUUUCUUUGCCAAACCAAUUCACACUUCUUUUUGAAUAUCUAUUUUUGUAAAAUUUUUAUGAAAAUUCUGAGUGCAUAAUUAGCUUAUUGAGUUUGAGCUAGUAGUUUUCAGAAGAGAAUUCUAGAAGUUGUACUGGUAGGAGAGGGCAUGCCAGGCAAAACAUGAAGGGCACAGAAAAUUCAGAGGUAUGAAAUCCUGUUCCCAGGGAACUACAAAAAAUUACGUAAGUUGGCAAUAAAAGCGGAGUACUGGGCUAGAUGAGAUACUAUAAUGGAACCCAACCAUGGAUGUUUAAAAGAGUUUGGAUUAAUCUAUAGGCAGCUGAGAACCUUUGAAGGAUUUUAAACAAAACAAUAUUCAAAUUAGUAAUUUAUAGAUAAAUUGAAGUGAGUGGUUUCUGGGGUUGAGAAUAGAAACAACACUGUUGAAAUUGAAGCAUACUUGAUGAGAGCAUAGUGAUGAUUGUAGCAGAGGUAAGAGUAAAUAAAAUUGAGGAAUUUAAAGAAGCUUGUUGGGCAUGGGAGGGUGAAGAAAAUGUUUUGAGGAAAACUUACAGAUUUGGUAGUAGUGCAAGCAAUUGAUUUAGGAAUAUAAAAGGCUUUAGGGAAGAGAAUGGAAAGCUAAGAUGAAUUUGGCCUUUGGAUAUGUUGAGUUUAGUGGAGUUCUCUAGUAACAUCAAAAACAACAUGUUAUAAAUAAAACAGUUUUAUUCUCUUGUGAAAUUUUCCACGACUAAUGAUUCAAACACUCCCAAUGUGUUUGCCAAACCUGUGGCUAAGAUUUUAAGACCUUUUUCUUUGACCUAAACUUGUUUUAUCAGCUCUUGAUCAAUUUCAUCCUGCUCCCUCUUAACCUUAAGAGUCUAAAGCACAAGCACCUCCUCCCUACCUCCAACCCAAGUCAUUUCUGGAUUCAGGGAGGUAACAGGAUUCUCAAACAAGAAUGCAAUGAAAGAAAAAGUGGCAGAAACAGAAUAUCUUAAAAGAUUUAGAGGCCACUACUGACUUGAGAUCUUGAGCUGAUUUCUUCUAUGGAGUUUCCUCACAAUAGUAAGAGGUCUGAUUUCUUCUAUGGAGUUUCCUCACAAUAGUAAGAGGUACAGGAGAUACAGGUGUUGAUCUUGAAAGGUCCUUUUCAAUGAUAGGAGCAUGAAGAACAACUGCUAAUCUCAUUGUAAAAAGUUCUUCACACUAGAAAUGUUUAGUCCAAAACAAGAGAAAACUACUAAUUUGCUUAAAAUUGAACUAUAGUCUUUCGGCACACCUAACUCCUACCCCUUAGCAGGACCAAGUGAAUAUGCAAUGAAACCACUCCCUAAUUUUCAGAACACAGUUGAAAGUUUGCCUCACAUGCAAACCUUCACUGGUUGGUCCUAAGAUCAUUUCUAUUCAUGUUAAAGUAGCUUGCUUCUUUUGAUCUUUAUUGAAGACAACAUUUUAAUUAUUGGAGUUCAGUACUUUUUUUUUUGAAGAUUUAUUUAUGCAGACAAGAACUGGGGUACAGGCCAGAGGUACGGGAGGUAAGAGGAUUCACCAGAGACAGAGUGGGGAGCAGAACAGGCUGGUUGAAAUAAACUGAGGGGAGCAGCAGACAAGACAGGAGAGGUCUGUUGUGCCAUAUGGGUCAUCUCCCUGGCUGGGAUUGAACAACAACUGCAGUAGUAGCAGAUAGCUUCACAGCGCUGACGCUUAACCCCUUGCUCCACUAGGGAGGCCUAGUAUUUUUUUUAAAGUCUCUUGAGGAUUUGCCCCUAAACCCUGAGACAGACUCAGAAGCUUUGACUUUGUUUUUAAACCCUUUUUCAAGUCAAGGAUGCCCCUGAAAAUAAUGGGUAGAAUCUGAGAGUGCCAGAUACUUACUCUUGCGUUCUAUCCAAAAUUGUCAUCUCACUAUUUCUCCAGGUUUAUGAACAUGUAUGUGAAAGAGAGGGUGGGGAAUAAUGCAGGUUUUGAUUAACCUUCUAGGGCUUCUAUCCCCAACCUAUCUCAAUAAGUUUUUCCAGACAUCUGUUGUCAUGGAUCUUUAAGCACUGGAGCAGAUUAAACAGCCUAGAAAGAAUGAUCCACUCUACUGUUGUGCUGUCUAUACCUGCAGGGGUAGGUUCCGCGACAGACUGUAUUUGGAGGUUUGGAACACUUUGAGGAACAUAACAAGGAUAGUCAGGUUUUACCAGAAAAAAAGGCAGGAGGGACAGGAAAUUUAUAGCCAAAUAUUUACUAAGCAUGUACCAUCUACUUCCUCCCAAGGUAAAGAGUUGACCAUGACAUGGUAAGUUUCCUGCAUCAUGAGGCUAGUGACAAAGGUAAACAUUAAAAAAAAAAUACCGGAAGUUAUUAGUUAAAUAAAAGUGCUACCAAAGGAAAAAGAACAGGUAAAUGCCCUUGAGGAAACAGUUUUUACACUGGAAAUCUGAAGAAUCAAUAGGAAUUAGACAAAGGAUAAUCCAGUACAUGUGAAGGGGUUGUGGUGCAACAACUUAGCAUGUUAGUGAUAUUGACAAAUUUGUAGCCCAAUUGGAAGGAUAAAAAGGAAAGGAAGGAGAGAAUGUUAGCUAAACAGGAAACAGGUAUUUUCAUGCCUUGUAACCAUGUUCUAGAUUUUACAUUUCAAAAGCCAAGUAUGGAAGAACCCGAAAGUUGGUAUUGCAACAGUCUAAGCUGCAAUGCAUAAAAAAUCCAAUAGGAUAUGACAUGAAUGACUACUGAGUGGAAAUGAGUGAUGGCUGACUAGAUGGACGAAUGAAUGCUACUAAAGUUGGUCUGAGAUGCCUUCUGUAUAUUGAUCAGAUUGAUCAUUGUAGGUGGUCAGGAAUCCAAGUGGGGAGUCAAACAUGGAUUCUGGGGACUAGAUGCUCUCUGAGGCAUCUUAUGCUAAGGAGAUUUACAAUACAUGUGUUGGAUCAUAAAUGUUACUACUAAUAGUGUGUGGCAUAGUUCUAUUGCACAAGUUAAUCAAAUUCUCAUUACAACUCUACAGGGUAGGAAUUACUGCUACUUUACAAAUGAAGAUACUGCCUCAAGUGACUUGCCCAAGAUAACAAGGUUAGUGAAUAGUAGAGUCAAAAUUGAACCCAAAGACCUAUCCUCUUAACA